GUGAUUGACAAUGAAAAUGUUUCCAAUUUGUCCAUCAUGGUGGUUGGUCUUGAAAAUAAGUUGUUUUUUGCUGAUUUACAUUUUUUGUGGUCAUUUUUGCAGUUUUUCAGCAUGCUAGUUAAUUUUUUGUGUUGGAUUCAGAAUAGUUAGAUCAACUCUUUUUUCUUGUAGAACUUGAUCAAUUCUGAUAAUAUGUAUUUGAGGGUAAAGUAGAGAUAGUAGGGAUUUUGCCAAAAUGUACUAAAAUCGAUCAAAAAGGGCACUUUCUUGUAAAACUUAUAGCAGAUUGCUCAAAACUAUAGUUCUAACUAAUUGUAAAAUUUUUAAUUGUAUUAAGGUGUUUUUUGACCAAGCUACAUCCAAUUCCAUAAAAGUUCAACCUAAAUAUCGACUUUAAUGGCUAAUUCAGUUCAAUUUCCUGUCAUCUAUUUCAUCAACAUCAUCAUUCUUCUCGUUUGGAUUAAUUUCGCGGACCACUACGGCCAACCGUCUGUCAAAAGGCACUCAAACCUCUACACCUGGCCCCAAAUGCUUUGAACACUAAUUUGUCGAGUCGAUUCCCGUGAACAACCCCUUGAUUUAUAGCUGCUGACCUGCGUUCUCCGCCAAAAUAACCGCCUCUCAUCUGCCUUAAUAGGAUAUACGGGCGACAAUCAGAACAGGAGGGUCCCCCCUCACUCUUUACCUUUUCAUUUCAUAAUUGCUCUUUCUAUCGUUCUCCUUCUUUUUCAAGGGGUAUGACACACUUUCAUUUGUAGGUCAGCCAAUAAAGAAAGUGAGACCUCUUGAGCAGGAGCCUAAAAAAGUUUUAAAAUACUAGGGAAUGCUUCGUAUUCUCCUAUUAAUUGUUAUAUUUUCGUCAAGUUGGAAGGAAGUUCAUGGACAGUUGAGUAAGUGUAUUUUGACUCCAAGGCAACGUAUGCCUGCACCAGGAGUGUUUCGUAAAAUUUACUGGGCUACAGAAAUUGUUGUAUUUUUCUAAUAGACUCAAAACUAUACCAAAACUGAAUUUCAUAAUGAGACCUCUUGAAAAUGUCUUUCAAAAAAUUUCAGUUGUGGUUUAAAGUUUCGAAAACUGAGAAAAAAGACCCACACUAAUGCUAAAAUAAGAAAAUCAAAAAAAAAAAACCGAACUUCACAAAAAACUACGAAAGUUACGCAGGUAUGAUACCUGCAGAUGUGCCUGCCUACCACAUAAUCGAUAGUUUUAACUGCUUAUUUUUUUUAGGAUUAUGUGAAGCCGAAGGAUCAUGUCGACAUUGUGCAGACAGUAGAUAUUCAUACUAUCGAUGCCGUAUGCAGGAUGACUGUUUUAUUGGCGAAAUCUGUGAUAAUGGAUUUUGCUGUCCCAACGUUUUGCCAACAUUUUCUCUUCAACGAGAACUAAACCCAACGAUUGCCAUGGUAUGUGGCGCGAAUGAGCAAUAUUCAGCAUGUUUCUCCUCUUGUCAACCAUCAUGUCAAGAUCCUUCAACACCAGCUUGCCCGGCUCCCGGAUGCCAACCUGGAUGCAUUUGCCUACCAGGAUACAUCCGACGUGACAGCUCUCCCCGUUCAGCAUGUGUUCCGCGAGGCUUGUGUCAAGCUUAUGAUCUGACGAUUCGUUGUGCAGACGAGAAAAGGCAAUAUCAGACAUGUGGAAGUGCAUGCCCAAUUAGUUGUGCUACAAGAAAUCAACCGAGAUGUAAUGAGAGAUGUGUGACUGGAUGCUUCUGUAAAAUUCCGUUUAUCCUUGAAAAUGCAGACGAUCCUCUUCAUUCAAGAUGCAUUCUUCCAUCUUCGUGCCCCGAAAUCCCAACACCAGCGCCAGAAAUAGUUGAGCAAUUUGUGCAGCGUAAUCCUGGAAUGAUUGGAAGUUUUGGAAAUACGAAUAUUCAAUAUCCAACCUCCCCAAGAGCUACACCAUCUCCCGUAUUCACUACUACCACUCGUGGAUUAACAACUUCACAACAAAAACUUCCCACUCUUAUUCCCGAGCAACACUGUGAACAUCCAUUGAAAAACUAUCAAAGCUGUGGAAGCAAGUGCCCUGCAUCUUGUGAUCGACCUCUUUCACAAGCAGCGUCAAUUGACUGUGCUCUUUCUUGUGAACCUGGAUGUUUCUGUCGACUUCCGUAUGUUCUUGCCGAUUCGAAGGAUCCAAACUCCACAUGCAUUCUCCCUCAAUUAUGUUCUAGAAAAUCAAUUCCACCAUCAACUGCAAGCGUUCCAGCAUCCCAAUCUUGCCCGGAUCCAAGAAAAGAAUGGAGUCAAUGCGGAGCUCUGCAUUGCUCAAGAUCAUGUGCGAACCCUCUGGGUCGAUGUGGCUCCGGACAAUGUUUUUCAGGAUGUGUUUGUCGUCAGCCAUACGUGCUCCUUCAUCCAAAUGAUCCAACAUCAAGAUGUGUUCUUCCUGCAGAAUGUGACAGAGGAUGUGAGGAUCCGACAAAGGAAUUCAUGACAUGUGGUAGUUCAUGCCCAAUGGGAUGUGAUAAUCGUCAUCCAAAAAAUUGUGCUCCAUGCCAGACUGGUUGUUUCUGUAAGAAUGGCUUGGUAUUUGAAAACUCUGCCACGUGGCACACUUCUAAAUGCAUUAAAAUAGAAGAAUGUCCUCCCGAGGAAGAAACAACUACAGAAGAAUCUACAACAACCACUACUACAGAAGCAUCAGUCCCUCCAGCCACCACCGUAAUAGCUGAAGUACAUGAAACACGUGGUCGUCCAUUUUCAUCCGAUUCUGAUCUUCUUGCACUCAAGCCAACUGUAUCACAAUCCGAAUGCCCUGCUACAACUUUUGAUGUCGGCGGUCGUGGAUGUAAUACUGAUAUGGAUUGUCCAAUGGAACAAAGAUGCUGUCGACCAAUGAUCGUCUCCCUGGGAGUGAAUCCUCAGCGAUGUGUAUGCCCGGAUAAACAUGCAGUCUGGUCUUCUUGUGGAACUUUAUGCCCAGAGUAUUGUGGACAACCAUCAGUUCCAGUAUGCUCGGGUACAUGCAGUGCCGGUUGUCAUUGUGCCCCUGGCUUUGUGAGAGCUCGAAAUGAUGUUACUGCUCCGUGUGUUCCAAGAGAAAGUUGCUCAUCUUCACUUGGAUCAUCGACAACAAGCCGGAUGAGGAUAUCUCCUGUUGCUGCGAGUAUGGAUGAACCUAUGAGAUUUGCAACAAUUCGAGAAAUAACUCCACAUGAUGCGUUUGUAGAUGAUACAAUAGCAGUCGCAAUUUUAAUUACGAGAGAGGGAGCACAUAUUGGCCGUUUCACAUUUUCCCAACUGACAAGUACAGCUCUUCGAAUUCACGGAGAAGUAUAUACUCUUCCAGUUGGUCGUCAUGCAGUUGUUCUUCAUCAAUUCGGUGAUUCUUCUGAAGGAUGCUCACGCGUUGGCGCUCCAUUUUCGAAAUCACUCAGUCCAUCGUUGGGUGACAUCACUGAAACUGGAAAAUUUGAUCGAAUAGUUGAAUGGCCAGUUAUUGAUGUUGUUGGAAGAGCUGUGGUUAUUUAUUCAUUUUCCACAGCCGAAUGGAGUUUACGAGCACAUUUCGGUGAAAAACCUCUUGCUUGUGGAACGAUUGGAAUCGCUAAAGUUAGAGCCCGAUAACUUUUUUUCAUUUAGACUCUUCAGAAAAUGAUCUUUUUCUAAAUCUUGACUUCAAAAACUUGAAUGGUACCCUUGCUCAUAUCACAUUGCUUGUUAAUUGUUUAAUAAAACAUCUAUUAAAAUUUUAA